AUGCCCCGAGUUAAUACCUAUGAUGGCACCGGGGAUCCAACAAACCUUAUGGAGAGUCUUCAUGCGCAUUUCAUCCUUCAUGGUACCCCGGACGAAAUUUCAUGUAGGGCUUUUCCCUCAACUUUGGCUGGAGUAGCUAAAGAUUGGUUCGGGAGGCUCCCAGCCAGUUCAAUAGAUAAUUUCAAAACUCUGGGGCGGCUCUUCUUAAGUCAAUUCUUGGCUACCCGAAAGAGGAAGAAGAAUCCGGCCAAAUUGCUAUCCCUUGUUCAGGGGAAGGAGGAGUCGUUGAAGGAAUUCAUGCUCAGGUUUAACCAGGAGAAGCUGAUGAUUGAAAACCCGAAUGAGCAGACAGUACUUGAUGCUUUGAUGCAUGGGGUAAGGGCUGAAGGACCGUUGAUGGCGGAGCUGUCGAAAAGUUCUAAGUUAAUAACUCUCAGCCAAUUCAUGAAGAAGGCUAAUGAAUACAUUAAUCAAGAAGAAACUGUCAAAGCUCUCAUGAAGUCUCAAAGGGAAGAAAUCGAAGCCAAGAGUGGUAUUGCUAAGGUAGCACCAGCUAGUGUUGAAAAGAAAGGCGAGAAGAAUGUGAAGAAAUCAGGGAAGGCGGUCCCGUCAUACCCAAGGAUGGACCCUCAGAAAUUGCAAAGCCCGAAGUUCACUCCACUGAAUACUAGCAUGACUAAGGUAUUCAUGGAGAUUAGGAGGGAUCCUACCUUCAAAUGGCCAAGUAAGUUGAAAGGCGACCCUAAGAGGCGUGACCCUUAG